AUGCCUAAUGAUAUCUGUGAACAAAUUUUAAAGCUUGCAAAUGAAGGUAUAACACCUUCGCAAAUUCGUGUGAUUCUUCAAAAUUCGUGUGAUUUUAGGCUUAUUACUGUAAAUAAGGUUCUUUGGAUCUUGAAGUUUAAUGGUUUAGCACCUGAGAUUUCUGAAGAUAUUUACCACUUGAUGAUUGUCGUUCGUAAGCACUUGAAGUAUAAUCAUAAUGAUAAGAACUCUAAAUUCUG